AAAAAUUUAAUAAUUGCUAAAGUCAAUAGAUAAGUACCUAUUCAAGUAAAUGUGUUGAUAACGUAAUGUCCUUGAAAUUUAUACUACUGAACUUUACGUCUACAAAAAUUAUUUCAAGUGCCUGUUUAUACGCAGACUAAGUAAAAUAUUACUGGAAGACAGUAUAAAGCAAAAGUUAUACUCGAUAUACAAAAUUAAGAAGAUUUCUAUAAAUUGAAUAAAAAUAAUUAAUAAUCAGUAUACUUGAGAUACAUCGAGUUUGCGCACUAUGUCACCCUACGAUUUCAACGAAGUUAAAAUCAUCGACGAUGCGGCGGAUAAUAUGGACGUUAUUAAGACUAUAAUCAACAGAAAAAAUCAGGAAGAUGGUUUCUACAUUGUAGAUAUUGGUGAUAUUAUUAACAAACACCGCGAAUGGAUUACAAAAAUUCCGAGGGUUGCCCCGCACUACGCGGUUAAAUGCAAUCCCGAUCCGAAUGUAAUCAAGAUAUUGGCAGCCUUAAAUACUGGUUUCGACUGCGCGUCCGAGCAAGAAAUCAGACAAGUGAUGCAGUACGGCGUGCAACCUGAUCGGAUCAUAUUCGCAAAUCCGUAUAAAAGCCCGUCUCACAUCAAGUAUGCCAAGAAAAUGAACGUCGACCAAAUAACCGCCGACAGUGAAUUGGAACUUUUGAAGAUAAAGGAUCUUUAUCCGGAGGCCAAGAUAGUGGUACGCAUUCGAUGCGACGCGAAGAACUCGGAUUGCGAUCUCGGACUGAAAUUCGGCUGCGAACCGGACGAGAAUGCUGUACGAUUGAUACAAUUUACGAUGAACCUCGGUCUCACCCUGCACGGCUUCAGUUUUCACGUCGGUAGCCCGUGCAGAGAGCUGAACGCGUACAGUAGAGGCAUCGGCAUAUGCAAACGAUUGAUCACAAUCGCCCAAUCGAUGGGCUGCAAGGAUGUGCAGCUGAUCGACAUCGGCGGCGGCUUUCCCGGUGAAAGAGGAACAGAUAUUGACAAGCUUGCCAAUAUUGUCAACGAUGCAAUUCAAGAUCUUGAUCCCAGCAUAAGAAUCAUCAGCGAACCCGGAAGAUACUACGUUGAAUCGGCAUUUACCCUAACCGCGUUCUUACACUCCAAAAAAAUCGUUCAUAAAAAUGGCAAACUUAUGAGAAUGUAUUACACGAAUGUCGGAACGUUCAACUCGUUUCUGGAUGAAAUGUUAGGUCUCAAGGCUAGAGUUCCGCAAACUCUCUUUGAGCCGGCGAGCGAUAAGAAAUUUCUUUCGACUUUGUGGGGACCGACUUGCGAUUCGUACGAUCUAAUUGUUAAAGAUGUAUUACUGCCAGAACUUCACAUCGGCGAUUGGCUAGUUUGGAAGGACAUUGGUUCUUACACUUUAAGCCUGUGCACGGCAUUCAAUGGAUUUCCGAUCCCAAAAGUCACACCGUUUAUUAGAAAAAGUCAAUGGAAAAAUCUACUAAUGGAGAUCAAACUGAUGCAAAGAUCCAUGGAAUGAGCCAAGCCAAUGGAAAGGGAGCAUUACAUUGAAAACCGCUGACACAAAUUAAAUUAAUAAUUAAAAUUAAGAUAACAUGAGUUUUUGUCUCGAUUAAAUUUUAUUUACUUUCUUAAUAUUUAUCUAAUCGCUCUCAUUAUUUAGAUAUAAAUAUACUGAUAAUUGCGAAUGGUGAUUAACUUUUGAUUAACACUUUUGAUUAACACUUUGACUGUCAUGUGUAUCCAAUUGGAUACACACCUAUGUGGGUUCAGGUGCCGAUCUAUCAAUUUUAGUAUUAAUUUAAUUCACACAUUUUCUACUUACUACUUGUACAUGAACCGAGAAAACUACGUAUUGAUUUUAUAUGACAUAGUGUGGAUAAAUUGAUAUAUUUGAUGUAAGUAUUAAUAUAUGGAUA